UUUUCAUUCCCUUUAAACCUCAUUAAAGCAAAGCAUAACCACCAUCUCAACUAACUUAACCAACCGCCUAACUUUCCUUUCCCUUCCCUACCCUUCCAAGUUCCAUCCCAGCCCUUGUUUCCUUAAUUUCAUUUCAUCUUAUUUCCUUUCCUUUCCUUUCUCUCUCUCCUCUCUCUAGAAAAAGAGAAAAAAGGCUGACCCUUCACUCCCCCCGCCCAAACCCUUCAUCUUCCCCCGCUUUUGCAGCUCCUCCUUCAUUCCACCAACACCUCCUCUUUAAGCAAAUCAAACCCAAAAAACAAACACAACCCACAUUCUUUUAUUUUUCUCUCUCUAUAUCUAUCUAUUUAUCUAUCUCUGAAUCUAUAGCCUCUGCCUCUGAAUCUUAAAUCUUCAACCUCAUGUGGCGGCGGCGGGUGAAAUCAGCGGUUCAGUUUCACAAAGCCCAUCCCAAUUUUUCAUGCUCCACCUUCAAAGACAUCGAACACCUCUGCUCUGACGAUUCCGACCAACAACAACACCACCAUCAGCAGCAACCCUCUACUCCCCGGAAACCCUCCGUCUUCCACCGAGUCAGAUUCGCUAACUCAGUCAUCCGCGCCUUGGCAAACAGCCCCUCCCAAAGCCCUCACGCCGAACCCAAUUGGGCUCCAAGCGAACCCAAUAACGCUGUCGCCGAACCCAAUUGCUCUCUAAGCGAACCCAAUAGUGCUCCCAAUGGUGUUUCUGGCGAACCCAAUAGUGCUCCAAGCGAACCCAUUAGUGCUCCAAGCGAAGCCAUUAACUCUCCCGCCGUCGAACCCAAUGCUACGCCUUCAUCAGAGGAGGCGGCGGCGCAAUCUGAGCCGUCGAUAUCUCUCCCGGGUGCCGAGAGACGGAUAGUGGUGUAUUUCACGAGCCUCCGCGUGGUCCGACCAACGUUCGAGGACUGCCGGACUGUCCGGGCGAUCCUGCGGGGCUUCCGGGUAUCGAUCGACGAGAGAGAUCUGGCAAUGGACUCUGCUUUCUUAGAGGAGCUACAGGGGAUAUUGGGUCAGCCAAAAAAGUCAAAAUUGACCCUUCCUAGGGUUUUUAUCGGUGGACGGUAUAUGGGUGGGGCGGAGGAGAUCCGAACGCUUCACGAGGCCGGUGAUCUCAAAAAGUACGUCGAGGGCUUGCCGGCGGAAGAGCCGGGCGUGUGCGAGGUCUGCGGCGGUUACCGGUUCAUCCUCUGCGACGAGUGUAGCGGAAGCCACAAGUGCUAUUCAGAGAAGGGUGGAUUCAGGAGCUGCACGGCGUGCAAUGAGAACGGUCUGAUCAGGUGCCCUUCUUGUCUUCCCCACCACUUUGAACCGUCUGAUUAUCAGAAUAAAAGAACUGAGAAUGAGAAAUGCUGAGAUUGAAAAAAAAAAAAAAAAAAAGUCUCUUUUUGAUUUCUUUCAGUUCUGUAAUUUUUGUAGCUUUGUGACUGAAGUUUUUCUAGGAUCAGCCGACAUGGUAAGCUAGAUACACAUGCACCCAUUUGAAAACAAUUAUCACUUGUGUCUUGUAAAGUGGUUACACAUUGGAAUUGAGGGCCAUGGCAUGCUCUUGGGUUUUUUAUAUGGUGGUGGUUUUGUCUAUGAAGAAUCUAAUUAGUUAUGACUUGACAUUUAUAAAUUUUCGAUGACUUGUUUUUCUUUC